AUGGAGCCAAAUGGCGUCAACCCUGCGUCUGCGGGGGACCUCAUCCUCCAGCAGAGGACUGAGGCCCUCCAGGCAGCACAACAGGCGGGCCAAAAGGGCGACGGCAGCCUUUGGUCCCAACUGACUACAAAUCCCUUGUUCACAGCUGGGUUUGGACUUGCAGGAUUAGGCGCGGGUUUAACAUUUGCGCAACGAGGGCUCCGCCAGGGCGCGGCUCUGGUACGUCGUCGCAUGCUGGUCGAUGUCGAAAUCAGUAUCAAAGACGAUUCUUAUCCGUGGUUCCUCCACUGGAUGACAUUAUAUCAGCAGUCGCAACUAGGUGCGACGCGUGCUGCGACUAAUCAGGGCUUGGUCGAUCGCUUUCUCAACAAGAUGACGCCGGGCAUGCGUCACCUCUCCAUUCAAACUCAAAAAGUCGAACAUUCGAACGGGGCGAUUCAUACACACUUUUCGCUAGUACCUGGCCCUGGGAAGCACGUCCUUCGCUAUAAGAAUGCUUUUGUCUUUGUCAAUCGCGUUCGUGAAGCAAAGUCUCGUGACAUCCAAACAGGAAAGCCAUGGGAAACAAUCACUCUAACUACCCUCUACUCCCACCGCCAUAUCUUCGAAGAGCUUUUUACCGAGGCUCAUGCCUACGCCGCCAAGUCCCACGAAGGGAAGACAACAAUCUAUAAUAGCUGGGGGACAGAAUGGCGACCAUUUGGAAACCCGCGACGUAAGCGUCCAUUGGAGUCUGUCAUCCUUGCCGAAGGAGUGAAGGAGCGCAUUGUGGAAGAUGUCAAAGAUUUUAUUGGCAGUUCGUCAUGGUACAAUGAUCGCGGUAUUCCAUACCGGCGGGGCUAUCUGUUGUAUGGCCCACCCGGCACAGGCAAAAGCUCUUUCAUCCAAGCAUUGGCAGGGGAACUAGACUACGAUAUUGCAAUCCUGAAUCUUAGUGAGCGAGGUCUCACUGACGAUCGUCUGAAUCAUCUUUUGACCAUUGUUCCGAAUCGAACCUUAGUGCUGCUGGAAGAUGUGGAUGCUGCAUUCUCUAACCGCCGCACACAAACAGAUUCAGAUGGCUAUCGUGGGGCCAAUGUGACCUUCUCAGGUCUGUUGAAUGCUCUGGACGGAGUGGCUAGCGCUGAGGAGAGAAUCGUCUUCCUAACCACCAAUCACGUUGAACGACUUGACGAAGCCUUAGUCCGGCCAGGCCGUGUGGAUAUGACGGUUCGCCUCGGCGAAGUGACGCGAUACCAGGUCGGGCGUCUAUGGGAUCGGUUUUAUGAAGACAUUGAUCCUGCAGGGUCUUACCGUAAAUUGUUCCUCGAACGCCUGGAACAGUUCGGUCUUAUCGAGGAUGAGCAAGGCCACAAGGCUGACCGAUCAAAGAGCACCAGUGCUGCAGCACUGCAGGGACUCUUCUUGUACAAUAAGGGCAAUAUGGAGGGCGCGAUAGCCAUGGUUGAAGGCCUCACUUAUUCCGUCCAUGAUGAAGCUUUGGGACAUAAUCCUGACUGA